AUGGGAGCUACGUCGCGGUCGAUUCUUCCAGUCGCUCAGCUGCCGCUUUCGCUGUCCGCCGGGCUCCCAUCCGGCAAGAAAUCGUCCUACGUCGCCUGUCUUGGCUGCCAUUUGGUGAAAUCGCAGCUCCAGUUCGCGACGGACGGCUGUGAGAACUGCGGGAAUUUCUUCGGGAGCGUGGAGGAGAGCACCACUUCCCUCUUCACCGGCGUCGUGUCGAUCAUGGAUUCCAGCCAGAGCUGGGUCGCGAAGUGGAUGAGGAUCGAAAGGCUCCUUCCCGGAUGCUAUGCCAUCACUGUGGAAGCGCCCGCGGCUGGAGAAGCGUGAUUUCCAUUUCUCUCCAGAGACGCCUCGAACGAUUGAUCUCAAAUUCCCGCGUCGGUGAUAGCCGUCCGAUCUUGACCACAUUACGUACAAUCCGUAUGUUAUCCGUACCACUUUGUCGUACACUAUUUUUGUGUUCUUCCGUUAAGUGCUAUGAGUGUAAAGAGGCUCAAGCUCAGUGAUUUGCCGAGUUGCGGGAAGUAGGCAGGACCUGGAUCGGGACUUCGAGGGUUUGACUGCUGAUCAACUACGUUAUGGGCGAUUAAGCGUGAGCAUCGAAACGGCCAUAGAACCAGCCAGUGAUCCGAGCAAGAAGACAAUGCAUGGCGAAUCACCACGAGCAAUAAACUGUACUAAAGUUUUGUUUGUUUAAACAUAAAAUGAAAUCGGGAAACUA